GACGUAAAGUGCCGAGGGUUACCGAAGGUGCAGGUACCUCCGACCUCGCUAAGGUUGGUCUGACAAGUAGAACAGGCCGAUUCAAAUGUUGACAUUACGAAGAGUGGAAAUCGCUGUAUGUGGGAGUAUAUGUGAAGAGCUUACAUUGUGCUGUGGGAUGGUAUCAGGGAGCGGUUGGAUUUCUGUGGCCCAUAUCCAGCGAAAUGACAGGCAGACAUUAGUGUGUUGGUUGUGUAAAUCUAACCUGUGAGAGACAUUGAACAGAGGACAUCUGAGCUCCAAAUCUAGUGAUUUUUAAGUGCAAAUGUGUCCGAAAUGACAACACGUCGGCCUGGGGAGUUGUUUCGUACUACACCUGACACAGGUUGGAAGGAGAAUGAUUUAUCAGGUUUUAUCCUGACUGGUGGUCGGUCACUGGAGUCUGUUUUGGAUGACAUCAAGUCUGGCAGUAGUGGCGGUGGUGGAGAGGAGAAGAUACAACAGGAUGAUACUCGGGAAAACACAGCCAAGGAUGAUGAUCUGGAGAAGGUUGUAGAGGCCGAAAUGGAGGACAAGGAACAGGGCCUGAGUACAAGGGAAGUUCUGGACAAGGCUCUGGCACAGCUGGAGGCUCUGAACCUUGUGGAGGCCGAGAGGCUGUUCCUCAAGGCAUACCAGAGACUGGAGGACACACCGGAGGAGAACUACCGAUCCAAGAUUGAAAUCUUCAUGGGUCUUGCUGAAACUUGUACCAGGAGAAGUCGGACAAGCCGACAGAGUCCGUUAGAGUGGCAGUGGCUGUGUGUUCAUGCUACGACCUUGUUGCAAGAGACAAUAGAGAUGUGUAUUACUGAGAUAGACUUGGAGCAGGACAACCAGUGGAUGGACUGGUACCAGUCAAAGCGGGACUGGGCAAUAAACAGAGUGCGGGGGCUUGAAGAUGUGCUAGCCAGAACCAUCCACAACUGGCUCAGGGAAAACUGGAGGGUUGUGGAUCCUUAUCAUACCCAGAAUGUUAUGGGAUCUCUCACACCUACUACAUCUACAAAGUUUCCACUUUCCAGUCUACUUGGUUUGGGCAUCAAGCCAUACCAGUCUGGCUUCCUGACACAGUCUUUCAGCUUGGAGAGUCUGCAUGAGGCUCCUCUCAAUGAAGCCAUGUCUGUUGGGAAUGCAAAUUGGUUUAAAAGACUACAAUUGUAUUGCAAGAGACGAUUGUAUAAUAAGAAUGUUCAAGAGAUUUUAGAUGAAGUGUUGCACUUCCGAGGAUCGUUGGACUUUGACAGAAGUUCUUCUCAGAGGCUAAGCCUUGAUACUUUAACAGAUGGCAGUGAUGCAGAGUACAGUGACCAUGUUGAUGUAGACACUGAAGCUAAAGUUGACACUGCUGUGAAGGAACACUCACUAAGUUAUGAAUUAGCAGCCAGUGAUGUUGACAAAAAUGGUUGGGACUUUUUUCUUGAAGAAAGGAAAAACUGUGAAAUUGGUGGAAUCUUGCAACUAGCUACUGAGCCUACAGAGGACAAUGAUGUCCCAGGAGCCACAUCUCAGGAAGCAACAUUACCAGAACCAAUAGUUAAAAAAGAUUUUGUGUCCCCACUUCAAGAGCAACCAAUCAAGCUGGUCAUUGCCAAAGUGUUUCAUAAAGUCGUUGCAAAGCUGCUCCAUGAAGAGGAGUACCAGAAAGCUGAAAUGUUGUGUGAGGAGAUUCUCCAGAUUGUUGAUGACAUUCAGGAUGGAACAGUCCGACUUCUUAGGUUCAGUGCCCAAUUACUACAGAACAUAGGCAUUCUCUGUCUUCGUCAAGGAGAUGCUUCAAAGGGCAUGGUUCACCUGGAGAGGGCUCUGCAGAUAUUUCGAGAUCUCCAAGAACGUGAUGCUCACCGAGAAGUGGCCCUUGUUCUCAUUGAUCUGGGCAAUGCCCAUGUUGCCAAAGUUCUUCAUGAGGAUGCCCUGCAUAAGCAUAUCAUUGCUGCCAUGAGUGAGUUCUUCGAGAAAGAAGCAUCAGAUGAAUCUGAUAGUGCUGAUUCAAGUCCUGAAAGCAAAAAGUCGGAUGAAACAGUAACAGCUGAGGACAUGAACAGUAUCAAUGAGGCCAUCACCUGUUACACAGAAGCUCUAAUGGUUCUGGAGAACAAUGAUGAGUCUAACAUAGAGUACCUGGCAAAGGCUCUCAGGAAGCUAGGGGACUGCCACUUUGUGGUAAAAAACUAUAAUGAUUCUUUAGAUUCAUAUGAGAGAUCCAUGGGGUUCUUGAGAUCAUCCAGUGCUCAUGGUAAGGACUCUGUGUUACAGAACGCUCAUGUGCUGUGUAUGUUAGGUGUAUCUACCUUCAUGCUCCAUGUGUAUCCUAGGGCUGCCUCUGUGUUCGAACUGGCCUACAGGAUGAUCCGACAGGCACAAUACUCUUACAGAGUAGAAUCUGAAACUUUCUUCCAAGGACUUCUUCACUCCCUCUUGGGCAUUUGUUACUACAAGAUGAAGUCAUAUCACAAGUGUGUGUCAAUGUGCUACCAGGCUUUUGAGGUGUUUUGGAAUAUGUAUGGUGAGAAAAUUCCUGAAUUGAAAAAGGAAAAAUUUUGGUUGAUUUGUCAAAAUCUCUACAUACUGGGUAACUCUUAUAAUGUUCUAAAUUUACAACACAAAGCAAUUAAAUAUCUGAACAUUGGGCGAGCAUUAAUGCUUGAGAGCAAGAAUGGCGAAAAGAGACAAUGUAUGAGAAUCCUCCAGAUUCUGGGUGACUGCUACUUUGCACAGUAUGACUACAAGACUGCUCUUACAUACUACAAUGAAGCCCUUGACUUUGGAAACCAUGAGAACAUGUAUGUAUCAGAGCCUGAGACUACAGAUGAGAUGACCACAUCUUCAGAUGACAUGGCUCUCCACAACCAGCUCCUCAGUCGAUCUGCUGAUGCCCACAUCAGCAUGAACCAGUAUCAGAAUGCUGUGCACUAUCUGGAACAAGCUCGGGACAUCCAGGAUGUCCUGGGGGAGGACAUCAAGGGUGACCUUGUCUCAACUCUGUACCAGCUGGGGCAGAUGCACUCCUUUGCUGGGGAUGUGGACAAAGCAAUUGACUCCUAUAAAGAAAGUAUAGAGAUAAGCAAAGAACUGCAUGAUGGAGAAGUUGGUCCUGAGCUGUGUUCAAUGUUGGGCAACCUGGCCACCAUGUGCUAUGUGAAGGCCUGCAUCUGUGAAUCCAUAGAGCAGGAGCUGGAGCUUAUUCUCAAGGCAGAACAGUACUUCCAAGAUGCUAUUGCUAUCAACAUGAACCAGAGUGUUUGUGUCAAGUAUGCCAACUUCCUUUACAGUCAGGGUAACUAUGAUGAUGCCAUCAUGUACUUGGAGGAUGCUCUGAAGGCUCAGAGAGAGUCUGAUGAUAUUGUCUUUGGAGGUUUGGAGAAGGUUACCUUGCCUGAACCUCUUCAGGAUGAGGUUGAUGCACAGGAGGAGGUUGUGAUGCCCUCCAGAUGUCUUGGCAAAUACAUCCUUGUCCUGUCACAUGUGAUGCUGCGGCAACCAAAGUUGGCCGAGAAAUGGAUCAUCCAGCUCAUGAAGGAUGUGUAUGAUUCAGACAUUCCAUUCAUGUGGUCAGUGUUAGGCUAUGCUUUGAUGGAACUGGGACUGUUCGAGGAGGCAGCUAUCAGCUCCGGCACAGCGGCCACGCUUGACCCAGAGUAUAACCUAGCCAUAGACAACCACUGUCUUUGUCUGUGCAUCAUGACCUUGGUGGCUAUUGAGAGAGUCUUAUCCACUAUCUUCAUCCAUAAGAAGAUUUGGUAUGAGGAUCAGUGCCUCCCUGAGUUGUCAGAAGGAACAGGGUACUAGAAGCAUUGGGUGUGAAGACAUAAUGUUAACUCUAACAGCUGAUGUCACUUGUAUCAACAUCGGUACCCACAGGGCUAUUGGUUGUGUGUGUACAAUGUAGACUAUUACAGGACUAGUUCCAACCUCUGAUAUUCUUGGAUAAUUCAGUGCUAGAAAGCCCACAGAUCUCAGAAUAUAAGAAAUGUAGUGUGAAGACUGUCUCCACUAUCGUUCUGGCCAACAUUGUAGACAACGUUUUCCCUCGAUGGUGCUGUGGAUCUAGUUACUGCUACAGAGAUAUCUCAUUAUAAAAAUCAAACUAACUCGAGAAAGCCAGGUGUGCAGAUGUGAAACUCUACAAAAAUGGCAUCCUAUGUAAAACCUUACUCCAUAAGUAUAUUCCGGUAAAAACAGUUUCAACAGUGAUAUGUGUUCACCUACAGCCAAGGAAUGUUAAUUAAGUUUUUGUUGUUCUUUGAUCUGAAUUUGCAACUAAUUCACAAACAGUGUAUCACUUUUGUGAUGGCAACUUUCUGUUUCAUCAAGAUAAUUUGACUUUUCUGAAGAAAAUGUUUUCAUGUUUAAAGUUCUUUCUCACAACAGCUCUGCUAUGACUUGGUGAGCAAAGUGGUUAGAAUAUAUCCCAUGCACUUGACUGCUUGUCGUAAGAGGGGUCUUAUUGGUGACUCUCUUGAACUUGGUUGUGUGGCAGUUGUUGAAAGUAUGAACCAUGGGUAUGUCUGACCCUAGCUCAGUUAUGUAGAGGCUGCUGUUAUAUUGCUAGAACAUUGCUGUAUAACAUUAUCUCAUAUAGCUGCAUGCGAAUCUUCAAAUCAAGACUCAUGCUCAUGUAAUCAUGAAAAUAUCAUAAGAACAUAUAAAUGGUACGGAAUAUUUGAUUAAAUGAACUAAUUUAUAAACACUCAUGGAACCAUUCAUACGUACUGAAGACCAGUCUACUGAAACUAUCACUUAAUAUACAAUGUAUUAUGUAGACCUCUCUGUAACUGGGCUUGGAUGUAGAUGAUGUGGGUUUAGGUGGUGGAGUCUGACACUGACAUAUGGGAUGUAAUAGAGCUAAUCAGCAGGGUAGGACACUUCAAACAGGAGGGGACCAGACUGACUGCCCUGCCAUACACGCAGGAUGUCACAUCAGUUAGACGUUCACAUUUAAACUGGAAGGGGAAUCUUUCUUUGAUAGUGUCACAGGAAACAGAGUGAUGGGUUCAAAAUCAGUGUUGGCAUAUAAAAAUUGUAAGGCAUUUAUUACAGGCAUAUUUGUACAUUAUGUUAAGAUCACAUGCACUGAGCUGUGCUGUUCUUAUAACAACCUUUCAGGCCAUCUACAUUUACUUUUAAAGGACCUGGUUCACAUCAAUGUAUGGUAGGAAUAUUUGUAUGUAUCAAGUAAAGUUAAAAGGGGACAUAUUUAGUAAGUUGCUACAUCUGUUGGUAGUUCAGGGCGGCUGAGUGUUGUGAGGCACAGUGUUUAGAAGUGUGAAAUCAUAUGAUUUAUUGUAACCUUUGGUAGUAUGUACCGGUAUAUCACAGUGUGUCAGA